CUAUUCCUCCCACUGACACCAAGGAUGGGUCGCUGUUCCCCCCACUGCCACCAAGGAUGGGUCGCUGUUCCCCCCACUGCCACCAAGGAUGGGUCGCUAUUCCCCCCACUGCCACCAAGGAUGGGUCGCUAUUCCCCCCACUGCCACCAAGGAUGGGUCGCUAUUCCCCCACUGCCACCAAGGAUGGGUCGCUAUUCCCCCCACUGCCACCAAGGAUGGGUCGCUAUUCCCCCCACUGCCACCAAGGAUGGGUCGCUAUUCCCCCCACUGCCACCAAGGAUGGGGCGCUAUUCCCCCCCACUGCCACCAAGGAUGGGGCGCUAUUCCCCCCACUGCCACCAAGGAUGGGGCGCUAUUCCCCCCACUGCCACCAAUGAUGAAGCACUAUUCCUCCCACUGACACCAAUGAUGAAGCACCUCCCCCUAAUACCAAAGAUACAUUGUUUACUCCCUCUGAUGCCAGGGCAAUUUCUAUUCCCGAUGACCACAAUGAUGCUGGAUGUCCUCCAGCCAAGAAAUGAGGCGGAGCUCUGU